CGCAUAUGCCCCCAGUUCCUUUUUGAUUCCUUGGAGUCCCGCCAUCAAAAGAAGAAUAUCCAUAGUUAGAGUCUCUUGCUUGUGUCUUAGAUUCCUCUCUUUGCACCCACUCACACACGUUAUCUCUCUUCCUUCCUUCCGCAACCUACAACUUACCAUAUAAUUAACCCAAGGCUGUAACUUUAUAUUAUUCUUCUCACGCAAUUGCAAUCAUCAUGAGCAACUCUACAACGUUGUCUCUCUCUAUAAAUCCCUCUCUCUCUCCUCCUUUUCCUUCACCUGCCACACUAAUCACAUCCCCCGCUUCUUUUUCCACCUUCCCUCAGAAUUCUUUUAGAUUUGCUUCUUAUCAAUCCUUUGGGUCAAAACCCAUUGCUCCCUUUUGCAGAAAAGCACGACUGUGCUCUCUUCAGGGGUCAUCGAGUGCGAAAAGUAGAAAAAGUUUCGCGCUUGGAGCCACCGACAUGACUAUAGCAGAGGAUAGUUUGUUGGAGGCAGUGGAGGAGGAGGAGGGUCCUCCUGAUUUUUCUUUGCUUGAUCCUGAGAGCAAUUCGAGGCCUCGUAGAAUUGCUCUCUUCGUUGAGCCUUCUCCUUUUGCAUAUGUCUCAGGAUACAAAAAUCGUUUCCAGAAUUUUAUAAAAUACCUUCGUGAAAUGGGAGAUGAGGUAAUGGUUGUGACAACACAUGAAGGAGUACCCAAGGAAUUUCAUGGAGCCAAAUUAAUUGGAUCGCGAAGCUUCCCCUGUCCAUGGUAUCAAAAGGUACCCCUUUCUUUGGCACUUAGUCCAAGAAUAAUUUCUGCCGUUGCUCAGUUUAAGCCAGACAUAAUACAUGCAUCAUCGCCAGGCAUAAUGGUGUUUGGUGCCCUUAUCAUCGCAAAGCUGUUAAGUGUUCCUCUUGUCAUGUCCUAUCACACCCACGUACCAGUAUACAUUCCAAGAUACACCUUUAGCUGGUUGGUGCAACCCAUGUGGUGGGUCAUAAAAUUUCUUCAUACAGCAGCUGAUCUUACUUUGGUGCCAUCAGCUGCUAUUGGAAAGGAUCUUGAAGCAGCUAGAGCAACAGCAGCUAACAAGAUCCGUCUUUGGAACAAGGGUGUUGAUUCUGAAAGUUUCCAUCCACGAUUCAAGUCCCAUGAAAUGAGACUAAGACUGAGCAAUGGUGAACCUGAGAAGCCCUUAAUAGUUCACGUUGGACGGCUGGGAGUUGAGAAGAGUUUAGAUUUUCUCAAAAGUCUCAUGGAUAGGCUUCCUGAAGCACGAAUUGCCUUUAUCGGAGAUGGACCCUACAGGGAGGACUUAGAGAAACUGUUUGAAGGCAUGCCAGCAGUCUUCACUGGAAUGCUGGGAGGGGAAGAACUAUCUCAAGCAUAUGCAAGUGGAGAUGUGUUUGUUAUGCCUUCGGAGUCAGAGACACUUGGCCUUGUUGUUUUGGAGGCGAUGUCAUCGGGGAUCCCUGUGGUUGGAGCACGUGCUGGUGGCAUCCCAGACAUAAUCCCUGAAGACCAAGAUGGAAAAAUUGGUUUCCUCUAUACUCCAGGUGAUCUAGAAGAUUGUUUGAACAAACUGAAACCUCUUUUGGAUGACAAAGACUUGAGAGAAACAAUGGGAAUAGCUGCACGUUUGGAGAUGGAGAAGUAUGAUUGGAGGGCAGCCACUAGAAAGAUUCGCAACGAAAAUUAUAAUGCUGCCAUUUGGUUCUGGAACAAGAAAAGGGCUCAAUUAUUGAGACCCUUUCAAUGGUUAGCAAAACGGAUUUUCCCAUCAUCUCCUGAUGAGGAAGGAAACUCACAGGGCUGUUGAUGCAGAGACAAUGCUUCUUUCAAGCUUUGGAUGGUUCCAUAAAUGAAUGAUUGAAUUGCUUUGGCAUUAAGUAAGCCUUGCAUGGGAUAGACGUGUGGUUGGUUGUGUAAUGCAUUCAUUUGAUUGAUGUAUAUAUGUGAUCAAAAUUAUGGAUUCUGCUU